CCGUUGACCAAUCCUGGCGCUGCGGCGGAGCGACACACCUGUAUAAAAGCGGAUUCCGGGUCAGCUGACAUUCAGAGGGGGAAACGAUGAAGAUGACAGGGUGCUGAGGAAGAGCACAGAAUCUCUAUCUCCGAUGGGGAUGCUCUGCGGGUCGCGUGUUGUGCGUUUUUAAGAAUGGAUGAGCUCUUCAACCAAAGCGCAGCGCCGAACCAAAGUUCCGCUGGAGACGACAAGUUCACAUUCGAGGACAUCGACGUGAGCGCGGACGGCUCUCCCAUCCUGAGGAUAUUCAUAUCGGUGGUGUACUCGGUGGUGUGCGCCGUCGGCUUGGUGGGGAACCUUCUCGUGUUUUUCCUCAUGCGGGUGCGACAGGGUCGCAAAAGAUCCACCAUAAAUGUUUUCAUCACCAACUUGGCGGUGACGGACUUCCAGUUCGUCCUCACGCUGCCCUUCUGGGCCGUGGACACGGCGCUGGACUUCAGCUGGCCGUUCGGAGACGCGAUGUGCAAGAUUGUCCUGUCGGUCACCGUCAUGAACAUGUACGCCAGCGUCUUCUUCCUCACCGCCAUGAGCGUGACCCGCUACCUCUCCGUGGCGUCAGCCCUGAAGAAAAGGUCUUACAGAAGGUCACGGUGCGUCAGGUGGGUGUGCGCCGUGCUGUGGCUGGCCGCCACCGCGGCCACGGCUCCCACGGCUGUCUUCUCCACUGUGACGGUGGUCGCUGGAGAAAAGCUGUGCCUCCUCAGGUUCCCAGAGGGACACGACUGGCUGGCCCUCUACCACAUCCAGAAAAUAUUGAUCGCUUUCGUCAUCCCGAUGUUCAUCGUUUGCGUCAAUUACAUGAUGCUCCUGCGAUUCGUUAGGCGGAAAAGCAUGAACGGCAGCAACCCCAAACGGAGGUCCAGGGUCACCAAGUCCGUCGCUAUUGUCGUUUUGUCCUUCUUCUGCUGCUGGAUGCCAAACCAUGCCAUCACCUUCUGGGGCGUCUUGGUCAAAUUCAACGCGGCCAACUGGGACACGUCAUACUACACGGUGCACACGUACGUGUUCCCGGUCACGGUGUGUCUGGCGCACACCAACAGCUGCUUGAACCCGAUCCUCUACUGCCUGAUGAGGCCGGAGAUCAGGAAGAUGCUGAGCGGCUUGUUCUGGAGAGUCUCCAGUCCCACUCAGAGCAAGGCUUGCGCCACGCGCUCCGUUACGCACGUAGAAACCCAGGGAGGUGUGCCCCUCCAGAUCAUAGACAACACGGAGUACAGCCUAUCCAUUAUAGACCGCAAAGGUUCGUCGAGUUCUAAGUCAAUCCCGUACACCCACUGAAUGAAAACGCGGCCUCUAUUUAUUUAUUUAUUUAUUUAUGCUCAAUCAGCUGGCAUUGCUCGUGCGUAAUGUUUUUUCGCAAGCCUGAAAAUCACCAAUAUUCCACGCGUGACGAGUCACACGGAAUGAUCAUUUCGUGCGAAAACUAUAAAACAGAUGACUCAUUCUGUGACUUUUCUAUGAGAUUAGUCUUUUCACUCUACAGUGACAAGAAAAAAAAAAGAAAAAAAGAAGAAGCCUGGGACUGGACGGAUCAGCCUGGCCACGCGGAGAAAGGCGGAGAUAUUCACUGUUGAACUCUAAAAUACGACAAUGUUUUUUGCCAUGACAUUCGCCAUGUAAAGCCUGACUGUAAAUAAAUUGCUUUUCCAUCAUAGAAAACAAAGCUAAACAAAAAAAAUUGGCUGAUUAUUUCUCCAAGCUGAUUACAUUUUGUGAUUUUCAUUUGUCUUGAAUUAUAAUAACGACUUUGCAGAAUUAUGGCCAGAAUUUUCAAUGGGUUUCUGGAUAUAAAUUGUGCACAAGUCUUUAAGAGGUUUAAUGAAUUGGUUCUAAUGCUGUGCCAAGCAGCACUGCCUUCACUUGUAAAACAUUUAUUUUGAUACUUUGCCUCCAUUGUCUGUUAUAUAGUGGGUAACAUGAGCUAUGAAGUCCAAACAGCAAUAUAUGAAACCGAGCUACAGUGAAAAACUUAAUGGCCGCCCUAGAGGCUUCUACCACUACAAGCUAAUAAUGUACAGACCCAUUCAAUACAAAUGAAUAUUAUUGAAAAGUCCAUUUAUUUCAGGAACUUUAUUACUAAAUGAAAAAUUAUAUAGAAUAGUUACUCCAAUUGGUGAUUUCCAGCCUUUGUUUCGGUUAAUUAUGAUUUUCUGCUGACUAUGAAAACAUGACAUUUAAUCACAAAAGACCAAUUAAAGAGAAUAAUUUUAAGAUACAUAAGUGUAUCUUAAAAUGGGUAAGUUAAAUGCUUAUCUUGCCUAUUUUUAACUGGUGCUUUUAAUUUGACAAAUGAAAGUAUUUUCUAAUAUUUUGAAUAUGACUUUCUUACCUGAUGCAUUUAAACACUGCAUCAUAUUCAUUAAAGAAAUGUGUGGAUUUAAUAAGACGCAAAACAGACGAAUAAAAAAAGGUGCACAAGUGAAUUUUAGAUGGCUGUCGGUGAGAAACUCUCUUUCCGAAACAGAAAUCUGCCCAACGAGAACUGUCUUAAUUUUCACCUCAGACUUGGAUAUUUCAGCUUUUCAGCUAAACAAACCACUGAAGUUUUCUUCUACCUCUCAGCAAACUGGGUGAGCCCAAAUCCUGCCACUCGGCUGCUCAUAAACACUAAAUAUGAAAGUGGUUGGAAAACUUGGUGUUUGGUGGUACUUGUUAUAAAAUGUUUGAGAAUGUUGUGCUUCCUGUGAGUAAAAUAAAUAAAUAAAUGCAAAUGUAUGCAGUCAAUCUCUCCUUGAGCACAGAGUGGAGAUGCUGAUUUAAAUAAAUACUUAACGGAGCGUUAGAUUGAAGAGAACCGUUGAAAAAUGAUUUUCAUCAGUCGGCCACCUGAGCUGGACUGAUGUGUAACCAAGACACAUCAGUCCUAAAUUUCCAUCUGUCAUCUUUUGGCUGAAGUGGAGGCCCUCCACAGACAAUGGAGGAAAGCUGCCCACCAGGCAGGUUGGAGAUGAGGGAGUCACCUGGGCGCAGAUGGCGUGGUCGGCUUCCAGCUUUGUGGGCUGAUGUUUCUCUUCUCCGUCUGUGCUUCCUGUCCUCUGCACCCUUUGGCGUCACUGUCGAGAGAUUUUGUGUGACCUCAAAAUGCCAUUCUUCCUCUCACUUUUCCACGAAUGCAUCAAAAAAAUAAGAAAAGCAGCUGGAAAUCUGUCUGUCCGGUGUGUUUAGGUUGUGCAAAAUGAAAAAGGGAUUUCACAAGCUCUUAAAAUGAGGGAAUAUGUUUAUGAAGAGUGGACUCGAAUAAGCUUGCUUUAAUUAAAACUGCAGAUUUAACGGAGGAUGACAAAGCUUUGGGCUCUUAGCCUCGUUUCUGGUGUAGCUAAUACCAUUACAAAGCACUUUUUAUAGCAUG